UCGCAGCGGCAGAAGUGUGACUGAUGGUGCGUGAGUGUCACAUGUCACCAUAAACAAGCGACUGUUUGACACCUCCGCUUCAACCCUCAGACAGACGCUCCCAGGUCAGCAGCUGUCUCCCGACCGGCGGAGGAAUUUGGGCGGCCAUGGCGAGUGAUGACAGCCGAGACACCUUUGAGUCGUGGCUCAACAAGGCUACAGAUCCACAUAAUCAGGAGGACAGAUGGGACUGCAUCGAAGGUUUCUACAAGCUGGUCAUUCAAGAGACCGAUGGGCCUCAGAUAGCUCUGCGUCUUCUUGCCCAUAAAGUCCAGUCCCCGCAGGAGAAGGAGGCUCUGCAGGCGCUCACUGUUCUGGAGGCAUGCAUGAACAACUGUGGGAAGAGGUUCCACAGCGAGGCUGCCAAGUUUCGCUUUCUAAAUGAGCUUAUUAAAAUCUUAACACCAAAGUAUCUUGGCACCUGUACUCCACAGAAAGUUAAAGACAGAGUGACAGAGGUCCUCUAUGGCUGGACCCUGUGGCUCAAAGAAGAACCAAAGAUUCAGGAAGCGUACAACAUGCUGAAGAAACAAGGUAUCGUAAAGAUAGAUCCGAAACUACCAGACACACUAAUCAUGCCUCCUCCCCCUCAAAGAACCACAGAAUCCGUUUUUGAUCAGGAGGAUAAAGCCAAGCUCCUAGAAAGAUUAUUGAAAAGUGGCCGUCCAGAAGACCUGGAAACGGCCAACAGGCUCAUUAAAAGCACAAUGAAAGAGGAGCAGGAAAGGGCUGAGAAAGUGGCAAAGCGCGAGUCAACUCUAGCGGAGGUGGAUAGCAGCACUAAGCAGCUCAGAGAAAUACUGGAGCAGCAAAUAGUGACUGGAACGUCAUUACAGCCCAGCGACGACGUGAAGGAGCUCUAUGAGCGAUGUGACCGACUGCGGCCCAGCUUGUUCAGGCUGGCCAGCGACACGACGGACGACGACGCGGCUCUAGCGCAGAUCCUGGCGGCGAAUGACGAGCUGACCCUGGCAGUGAAUGCCUACAAAGACGUGAUGGCGAAAGGAACCUGUAACUUGGGAAGAUCAAGAAGUAAAAGUGAAGAAGUGACAAGCAAAAGCAUCAGUUCGACGAACCGCAGAGAGAUUAAGAGCUAUCAUCUCAUCGACCUGUCAGCUCUGGACUCUCCACAGAUCCAAAGGAAAGCUGAUUCAUCGCCUCAGUUUGUAUCUUCUUCGCCUGUUUUCCACUCUCAUUUGGAGGACAGCUUUUUUCCAGCACCAGAGCAGGACUUUGAGUUUGAUGAUUUAGACACGAAGCAAAUCCAGCAGAAUCCAAAGUCAUAUUAUGAGGAACUAAUGCAGAUUGACAAAGGCUUUCAGAUGACUAAUGGUAAUCAGAAUGGAGGGAGAGAAAUUUUCCUGAGAGCCCGUGGAGGUGAUGGAAACAAUGAUUCAUCAGACGGGACGAACACCUGGUCAAACUCCCCGACUAAGCAGCUCCCUGGAUCGGGAUCGCAUAAGCAACCAAAUAAAGACUUUGGAUCACCGCUCAUACUGCAGGAGAGCCGCCAUCCGUCUCCAUCGCUGAAGGACAUCUUUGUUCCUUUAGAAACUAUCAGAUUCAGUCAACUGGAGCCAGUCACGUUGUACAACACGGCUGGGAUCCACGUGUCCCUCCAUUUUGCCAAAGACUGUCCGACAGGUCAUCCAGGUGUGGCGGUGGCCGUCAUGUCUGCAGUGAACACAUCUGCACUCGACGUGAAGGAUUUCGUGUUUCAAGUCGCUGUCCCUAUGAGCAUGCUGGUGAAGCUUCAGCCGGCCUCCCAGACUCGGCUUCCUCCUUACAACCCUCUGCUGCCUCCACCUGCAGUCUCACAAGUCCUACUGUUAGCCAAUCCUGAAAGUCGUAAAGUUCGGCUACGCUACAAGCUGACCCUGACGCACGGUGACCGGCGGCUCGUCGAAGCAGGAGAGAUAGAGACCUUUCCCGACUGGACAGUUUUGACUGGACAAAAAUAGAAAUUAAAAAAAAAAAAACUACGCAAACUCAAGAAUCUCACUCUGCUGGAGCUAAAAUGCAAACAAUGUAGGCAAAGGGAGCAAAAUGAACUAACUGGGAAAAGAACAAGGCCACUAAAGUGAGGGUGAGGUUCAUGUGGAAUACAGUAAUGCAGCAGCGAUGAAUUUUCAACUGUUUAGUGCUUCAGUUCUCAGGUGUUAAAGGUACAGUCACUGCUUUUUGUUAUGUUGAAAGCACAAAAACGCUCUGUUGAAUUCAAUCUGUGGCUUCCUAUUCACUUGUCUUGUAGGGAUUUUAGAUUUUUAUUAGAUUGAUAUAAAUCAAAACAAAUUAUCUGUAGCUCAUCUGGAAUGCAGCCCACAGACCACAAGACGGCGCAUCUCAGUUCACAGGCUGCGGCAAAACCUCACCCACAUGGUGUUUUAUUAGCCUUAUGAAUGUCUGCGCCUUGUUUAAAUUACUGCUUGAUGAACAUUAGACCUCUUUGUAAACAAGUCUGGAAUAAAAUUCAACCAUCAAUAUUUAUUAGGCAAUAAUAGAAACUGUUUAAGCUGUUUUAAAAUUUAGAAAUGCCUUAAUUGUUGUUCUUAUGAGCUCUAUGGGCUUUUUUAUCCAGCUGUGAAUUCUUCUGCUACUGCUGUGGCUGUUGCUUCAUGUUUUGACCUAUUCUUUUAAUAUGGUAUACAUACAAGUCACUGGUUAUAGAUGUGCACAUUAAAACUUUUUCAUGUCCCUACUAUACAAAACGUGCAUUUACUGAGAAAUUCUGGUGUUUCAUAAUGGUGGGAAAGUAUGUUACUUUCUUAUCAUUUGUUCCUUAAAACCGUAUAAAAUUUAAGAAAUUAAGAGUUGAGAAAAAUCUGAAAAAAAAAAGAAAAUGAGGUAAAACUGUGAAAUUCUGUAAGUGUGUCAGAACUGGUAAUUAUCGCGACUCUUUACCCCCUGUGUAAACUCAUUUCCUUUAUUUCCUUUUUUUUUUUUUUUUUUUUUUUUACUGCUUAAAAUAUUUGCAGCCAAACCACAACACUGUUGCUGUCAUCACCGUAGUAUUAUCUUAUUGGCAAUCACAUGUGUGGUGAAGCUGAAAUUUGCCAAUGAAAGGGCAGUGGUUUUACAAAUAUAAAGCUCAGUGCAUUGUUUUUCUUCUAUAAACUUUAGAUUAUUAAUAAAUGCAUAAUAGGCCAUCA